AUUUUUUUUUACUCUUUCCGCUGCCAGAUGUGUGGAUUGGCGUGGAUAUUUAAAUGUUUAUACGUUUCGUAUUUAAAUAUUUUUCCGCUGAGCUCACAUAUAAAUUAGAUGCGUGAGAGAACAAACAGAUCCGAUUUUCUGUUCUGAUCCGCUACUUUUGCUACUUUGAAAUGAAACGGCUGCCAAUUCUCAUGUUUAUAUUUUGCGGGAGUAGGGGAGGGAGUAACCACAAAAACUGGAGUAAAGGAACGCACGGUUAAAAAGGCGCGCACAAUUCAUUGCACGACUGAAAAUGUAAAGCGAAUGAACCUCGAGCAGGUUGAAAGACACAAGUGCCUUUGAUAGUUUUUAUCACGUGAAUAUCGGCGGUAACCCGUGAGCAUGUCAUUGAUAAGGAAACCCAUGCGAUACGCUCAUCAGGAAGGGCACACCGACGUCUGCUAUUAUUCCGGCGAGAGGAGAGGACUCAUCACUUGCGGAUGCGAUGGGGACGUUAGAUCCUGGUUAGAUUUGAUGGACGAUGACCCGACCACCAGUUGCAUCUCGGAACAGGCGAUCACUGCUAUCUCGAAGGACGGCAAAAUUUUUGUGGGAAAUGACAAUAACACCGUGCAAAUUCUUACUUAUCCCGAUUUAGAGAAGGAGGGAAUAGUCACCAGAUUCUCGGCGCCGGUCUCAGCAUUGGCAACGGCGAAAGACAGCAGUUUAAUAGUAUCUGGCGCCUGCGAUAUGCGGAUACAAGUCACAAACAUUAAUACCUCAGACAGCAUAGAACUGGAAGGUCACGAAGCACCUAUCUUAGGCUUGUCUUUAGACCCAAAGGAAGAGUUUGUGGCGUCUUCCAGCGCCGAUGGAUCCAUUCGUGUAUGGAACAUUAAGGAAAAGAGAACCGUACAUGUUUGGAAUAAUGUUGUGCCAAAAUGUAACUCCUUUUUUACUGCGAAAUCGUAUUGCACACCCUCCUUCAAAUGUACAGACGGCAGCAGCCUAGCGUAUCCAUCUAACAAGGAUGUAGUUAUCAUGGAGAGAUCGUCCUGGAAGGAAUUGUGUAGACUGAGGUGUCCCACUUUAAAGACUGAGCUCAGCAUUUGUAAAUUCUCCGAGUGUGGCACGCGCAUCGCCGCUAGUUCACUGUAUGGUGAGAUAGUUGUGUGGAAUGUAGAGACCAAGGAAGCGAUUGGAUAUCUCGAACAUGAGCAAGAUACCAAAAUCACUGCGUUGGCGUGGCACAUAGAUCAUUCGAAUGAAAUUGCAUUCUGCGAUGCCUUGGGAAAAUUAGGAUGCAUUGAUGUGAAAAGUACUAGUAAGCCUAGAAAUGAAGCCUUUGAUUUUGAGAAAAAUGAAGAUGUGUUGGAGAAUGAUAUUGCUUUACCGGACGACGAGGACGACGAUGGAGAAAACGUGAUAUCCCUGAAUAAAAUUAAGGCCUCCGUCAAUCUAGAGGAUGAUGAGAUUAGUCAUUUGGAUGCAGAUUCUGAAAAGCCUCCAUGUGACACAAAAUCUUUUAUACCUAACGUGAAAUUGCAGUCACCUUUCCAACCAGGAUCCACACCCUCUCACUUGUUAUCAUAUUUCAUGGUGUGGAACGAUGUGGGAAUGGUCAGAUGCUUCUCAUCGGAGGACGGGGAAGAGAGCAGCAUUGAGGUGGAGUUUCAUGAUGUCACGGUUCAUCGCAGCAUGCAUAUAAAUAAUUAUUUGCGACAUUCUUUAGCUGCCCUAUCGACCCAAGCACUUGUUCUAAGCUGUACCUCUUCUGAAGAUGACCCUAGUAAGAUUGUCGUAAUAGCUCUGCAAGGUUGGGGCUCCGGAAAUAAAGAAUGGUCUUUGGAUUUGCCAGAAGGCGAGGAAAACGAAUGCUUAGCGGUCGGUGAUAAUUUCGUUGCAGUAGCAACAUCUAGGAGAAAUUUAAGGAUAUUUAUGAUAGGAGGGACACAACGUGAAAUUUUAGCUAUGCCCGGACCUGUAGUUGCGAUGAAUGGUCUAGGAAAUCAUCUUGUGAUAGCUUAUCACGCUGGAAUUGGUCCAGCAGGUGAUCAGAAUAUAAAUCUAUUAUGGAUACAAAUACAGGGAGCGCAUUUACGCAGUCAAACUCUAACGCUUCCGCUCUCGCCAGCAUCGGAUCUCAUGUGGUUGGGAUUAUCGGACGCUCGUUCACCCACUGUCAUGGAUUCCGACGAUGUUAUCAGGAUAUACGACAGGAGAUCUUGUCAAUGGAGAGUGCUCCGUGACGCGAAUGCACAGGGAAAAGGUAGAGCGGAUCACUAUUUCAUAAUCGGCGUGAGCGAGUACGAACGGAAUAUGCGGUGUAUUCUCUGCAAAGGCAGUUACUAUCCGCCGACAACCCCGCGACCGAUAAUCACCGAGGUAUCUUUAUCUACACCCCUGUGCGAACCGGAAUCUGAGAAAACUGAGAAGGAACGUAAACUGUGGGAGAUAGGAAGCAGUCCGUUGGAGGAAACUGAAACGAUGUUAACUUUAAUAGCGCUUGCCUGCAGAAGCAACUUGGAGUAUCGCGCAGUGGAUAUUUGCGAACAGAUUGCGUCGACGAAAGUGAUAGACUUGGCUGUACGGUAUGCCUUGCGUGUAAAUAAAAUGGCAUUGGCAAAUAAACUGGAAACGAUCGCUGACGCGAAGUCCAAAGAUACAAAAGAAGACGAUACGGAAAAUCAGCAAGAAAACGAUUUUGCGAGCAACGGUAAUUUUAGCGUCGAUAGUCAAGAGGAAGACGAUGUGUCUUUACUGCCCGUUAAGAAACCGGAGAUAGAGAUUAAGCCAUUGGCCAUGAGUCAAACAUUAAAAAGAGUAAAUCCAUUUUUAAAAGCCGGAAAUCCAUCUCUAUCGCCAAGAGGUUUAGCUGGUUUAAACAGUUUACCAGAGAAACCCCAGAAACCCGCGUUAACGAAAGUCCCGCCUGUUAAAGCGAAGUCGAAAGCUGAGCCUAAGAAAGAGUCGUUCGUCAAUUGGUAUGCCAAAAAUAAGAAGAGUCUGCAGGAAGAAUUUCCCGAGGUAAACGUUGGUGAAUUAACUAAAAUCGGUUUGGCGCGUUACAAGGAAGAGACGGCGCAGUCGAACGGAGACAGCGCGGCUGGACCGUCAGAACUCUUUAAGAAACGGAAAUUAUCGAGUCCAGACAACGAACACACUAGCGAAGCGAAGCGAUCUGUCAGCAGCAAACUCAGUGAAUUCGCAUUCGACAAAUAAAUUUUAUUCGGCCACGCAAAUUGUUUUAUAUGUGAAACUUGCUAGAUUUUUGACAAUUUAACGGAGAUAAGAGGAGUGCACACAUUUAUAUUUUCGAAUCGGAGUAGUCACAAAGAAAAGCCUGAUGACCGCAGAGAUCUUAACGAUUCUUUUCUCGGGUAUGUUUUUAUAUACUCUUAGUCUACAUCACAAGGAAUUUUCAAUGUCGGAUAGAUCGAAAGAAUCGGAACACCUUUUUUAACAUUCUAGAGAGAUUAAAGCAUUUAUAAUCAA